GGAAGAUAAAGACUGCAGGAAAUCCUACCCAUCUUACCGUGAUUUCUUUGUUGGCGGCGGAAAAAAAAAGCGCGACGUGUGAUGAGAUGUUGAGAAGAUAACGGAAAUCUCCCAUCAUGAAUCCUGCUCAGAUCCCCUUUGUCAGAGUGAAUGAAGAGAAAGUCAUUUCAAAGUCAGAGCUGUUGUCCCUUUUAAAAACCUAUAACUGCUACCAUGAAGGAAAGAGUUUUCAGCUCCGCCUCCGAGAGGAAGGGGGCGAGUUGAUUAUGGAGGGUUUACUCAACAUCUCCUGGGGCCUGAGGAGGCCAAUCAGACUGCAGAUGCAGGAUGACCACGAGCGCUUCCACUUUGCCAAUGCAGGAUUCUGGAAGCCAGAGAGCCCAGGGAGAGACCAUGGGAAUGAAAAUCAACAGAGUCCCAUUCAGUUUUCAUUUGAGUCCAACAACAAUGAAGUUACUGUACCAGCAAAAAACAGUUUUGAUGGCCUUAGCUCAGAAGAGGAAACUCCUCAACUUCCAAGAACCAGAAGUGAUGCCAGCUUCAUGAACAUCCAAAGAAGGUCCAAACAGCGAUCCUCAGGAGACUUACAAAGGGUUAAAAGGCAUCGCUUCUCCAUCAAUGGGCACUUUUACAACCACAAGACAUCGAUCUUCACCCCAGCUUAUGGGUCAGUAACUAAUGUUCGUGUGAGCAGUUCAAUGACAACACAACAAGUGCUCAGUCUGCUACUGAAUAAAUUUCGGGUGGAAAAUAAAGCGGACGAAUUUGCACUUUAUAUCGUCCAUGAAUCAGGAGAAAGGACGAAGAUUAAAGACACUGAAUAUCCCUUGGUGUUGCGUGUGCUGCAUGGCCCAUGUGAAAAAAUUGCCAAACUAUUUAUUAUGGAAAAGGAUCUGGGUGAAGAGGUUACUUAUGAUGUUGCACAGUACAUAAAGUUUGAGAUGCCUGUAUUGGAUAGCUUUGUCACAAAACUGAGGGAAGAAGAGGAGAGAGAGAUUUCAAAACUGACAGAAAAGUAUGGUGUACUGAAAUCAGUGAUACAACAACAGCUAAAGGAUAUUUCUGAAAGUGCAGACUGUGUGUGAAGAUAUAGAUUUCUUACUUGUUUUUGACUGAGGACAUACUAGAUGCAAUAUGAUUUAUACUUAGGAGUUUGGAAGUACCAGUAACUGAUUUCACAUAGAAUACUCAGGAGUGACACACAAUGUGAGAUGCUACUGUUAAAAUACUUUAUAAAGCACUUAAGUAUUUUUAAAUGCUGAGGGUUGGUUUUUUAUUUUUAUUUUUAAAGUUAGUGACACUUCUUGAACUACAUAUCAUAAUUAAACACUGAAUGUAUUUGGUUGAACACAAUACACUUUUUAAGAAUGUAUAAUAAAACAUUUUUAUUUAUUAUUUUUUUUACAGAUGUUCAGUCUAUGUAUUUCCAUGUGGUUCGUGGUAUUUCUAGUAAAAUGCAUUAAUUGUAAGGUAUGUUUCAGAUAUAUUUGAUUCCACAAACCUGCAAAAGGAGGCACUCCAGACAUACAUAAGUGCAAAGAGCAGCAGAAAAUCAAAAAGCACAACAACCAGACCAAAAGCUCAAGCGUAAAUUCAGAAACACAUCAGUGUCACUUGAGAAACAUUGGCCCGUACUGACAUCACAUGCUCACUACUGCUUUUCAGUCUGUUAUCUAGUUAACCUCGUGAACACGAUGUUAUUAUAGGGAUUAGUAAUUCAUUCUUGUGAGUAACCUGGCUUCCUUUUUCAGUGCUCACACGCUCAUAAUGCUGAGAAAAGUUGACUGCAUAUGUAGAUAACAUUACAUGAAUGCCCUUGAUGAUACGUUUUUUUUUUAAAGUAUGAAUAAAAACAUGAGUAGAUUCAUUUAAACUGUUUUUGAAGGUCUUGUCUAUUUUUGAAGACUGACGCACACUGUAACCAAUCAGCAGCGAGCAUGUGAUGUUCAACAAGGACCUGCCCUUUCUAUUUCUACUUAAAGUUGCUAUGUUUUCUAAUUUUCUGCUGUAAUUUUGCUUUGUUUAUGUGUUUUGCAUUUUCAGGUCCACCAUUAAAACAAAAUACAUCAUCCAUCAGGCCUACAAAGAAUUUGAUUUCCAGUUUUCAAAUCACUACUACAGUUAAAUAUUAUAUAUUUUCUUUGCUCUGCUCCCAAACCUCACUUUUAUAUACAUGUUGUUAUUAUGCUACAUGAUCUCAUUAUCUCAAUUCAUUGUCAGGGUUGCUUUCCUUGAGAAGAAAAAAGUAAUUUGCUGUUUCCUGCAUCCUAACAAUGAGUCCUGCAGAGUUACUCAUUGUUCUGUGAGUGAGCUAUGGAGAGUAGCAGUUCCCACGAGCUAUUCCAGGAGCAGUUUUGAUGAUAAUAUGACAAGUAAUCAGUGUCUGCUGGUAGGAGUGCCACUCUUACACGGUGGCAUCAUGGGAAACAAUGUAGAGCCAAUUUCUCACGUUGGUGAUUUGGGCCUUCUCAUCACACACAACUUGAACAUUGAUGGAGUAAUAGCCCUUGUUGCGAAACAGCUCUCCAUUUUCUCCACCUGGGUUUUGAAUGGGAAUAUGAGUGCAGUCAAUUGCUCGUGUAACUCCUGGAAAACCAACUCUUCUAUAAAAUCCAGUAGAUGUUUCUCCUGUUGGGGCAAAUCUUAUAAACUGAUUUUUCAAGGCUGCAAUUGCCCCCGAUACUCUUCCAACAAUUCUGCUCACUGUUGAUUUAUUUACUGCAAAGAGGUCUCCAUCCACCAUUUGGAAACAACCAGUAGCGUAAAAGCGCAAGGCUAUUAAAAGC